AUGGCAACUACCAGACCACCCUCGAGACCACGUAUAUCAUCGCGUACUAGAUUGUUUUCUUCUGGCUCAGAUGCAGAUACGUCCCAUAUCAUGUCGAUCAGCAAGUACAGCUGGAAGACUCUCAAUCCCUUCUCGGUGGAAUGGGAUGAUACGCAGCGGAAGAGGUUGGGUGUAUUUGUCAUGUGUGUGAUAGUGGGCUUAGCAAGUGGGAGUAACUACGUCUACUCUGCCUAUGCACCCCAACUAGCUACCAAGCUGGUAGUAUCGUCCACUGUAGGGAAUUUGAUUGGUUUAGCGGGUAAUCUGGGUGUAUAUCUCACAGGACCGGUAUGGGGUAAGAUAGUAGAUUCGAGAGGUCAGAGGAUACCCCUCCUUGUUGGUGGUACAUGCUGUCUUAUAGGCUACACCACCGUCCACGCUUUCUUCACCGGUACCAUCUCCCUUCGCUCCUCCUCUUCCUCUGAAAUAUCGCAAUUCCGCUUAUUCAUCCUCGAACUAGCAAUGUUCCUCACUGGCUGUGGGGGUUCCUCUGGUCUUACUUCAGCUGUCAACGCCACUGCCAAAUCUUUUCCCGAUUCCACCAGAGCAAGUGCAAGUGGUACCGUCUUGGCUGGAUUCGGUCUAUCCGCUUUCCUAUUUUCGACGCUAGGUCAUAUAAUAUACAAGGGUGAUGCUGGCGGUUUGUUAGUGUUGUUGGCGAUAGGAACGGGUAUACCGAUGUUAAUUGGUGGGAUAGUCAUUAGAGCUGUACCUCCUCAAGAUGAAUUACAUGAAUAUCACGCAGUGAACGACAACGAAGAUGUGAUAAAUGGGACGAGACCGAAAGUAGUUGUACAUCAUCCAGCGGAAGAAUUCGAAUAUCGAUCUGAUGACGAAGGGGAUGGAGUGAUGUCUAGAACGAGUAGUUUGGAAUUGACCAGAUCUAGAUCGCCCAUUUCCAGAGGAAGGCAUCCACAUGGUCAUAAUCAAGUUCAUCAUGCCCAUUUCGAUGAUCAUCUACCUCAUACCUCGGCCAAUUCGACAACUAAACCACCUCAUAAACGAUCUUCAUCACUCGUAUCUCUUCCUCCGACUCUCCUAUCCCAUACUCCGAUGGAACUGUUUAGAUCCGUAGAUUUUUGGAUCCUGUUCAUGUGCUUGGCGUUGUUAUGCGGUACGGGUCUAAUGUACAUCAAUAAUGCCGGAACGGUCGCUUUGGCUUUGGGAAGGGACGGACAAAGGGUAUAUGAUAAAGAAAGGGUAGCGGGAUAUCAGGCGAAACAAGUUGGACUGGUCAGUCUCUGGAAUUGCGGAGGAAGAAUCAUUGGUGGUGUGGUAUCUGAUUUCGGUAAAAACAAAUUCGGUAUUAGACGAGUAUGGUUCCUCCCCAUCGUAGCUAUCUUGUUUACGAUCUCCCAAGUAUCAGCGCUGGAAACUACACGGGUCCAAUCAUUAUGGAUGGUAUCGACUUUACUUGGAUUGGCUUAUGGAGCCUUGUUCAAUGUUAUGCCGAUGCUAGUGUUGGAAUGGUUCGGAAUGAAACACUUUUCGCAGAAUUGGGGUUGGACAGCAGUAGCUCCUGUCAUUGGGGGCAAUGCGUUCAAUCUGCUUUUCGGUAAAGUAUAUGAUUCACAUACUAUCGGAAGAAUCGGUACUGAAGAUGGUUCUGAUUCUGAAUCACCUUCGAACUAUGUGGCCAGUAUGUUCGUCAGAAGUCUAUCGAAGAGGGAUGGUGGAGCUAUUCCAGAUGAUGGUAAACACGAUUGUAUCGUUGGUGAAGAAUGUUAUGACUCAGCAUUCAAGAUAUCCACGAUCGGUACGCUCAUUGCGCUAGGCUUGAGUGUCUGGGCAGGGUUCAGGAGGGAGAGAAUAGCUAGAGAAAGAAGGAAAGCUGUGUGA